AUGUCCGGUGCCCGGAACCUCUCCGCUGCACUGCGGCGGACUCGAGUGCCUCGUCCUCGCCUGGUCCCUCGCCCCGUCCUCUCUCACGCCUCUACCGCGACCGUGCGCGCCUUUACCUCCACUACCACUCGGCCAGAAUCCCGACAGAUCAAGUACACCAGCGACGCCUACCCAAACGUGAAGCGCGAUCCGCGGUUCGCCGAAUUGUCCGCCGACGAUGUAUCGCACUUCAAAUCCCUGCUGGGCGCCGAGUCCGCUGUCGUUGAUGGGGUGACCGCUGAUGCGGCAGACGACAUCGAGCCCUUCAACAGCGACUGGAUGCGCAAAUAUCGCGGCCACACCCGCCUGGUCCUCAAACCACGGACCACCGAGGAGGUCAGCAAGGUGCUGAAAUACUGCAAUGAGCGCAAAUUGGCCGUGGUGCCGCAGGGAGGAAACACCGGUUUGGUCGGUGGCUCUGUGCCCGUGUUUGAUGAGAUUGUCAUCAAUACGUCGCGGAUGAACAACAUCCGCUCUUUUGACCAGGCGUCGGGUGUGCUGGUCGCGGAUGCAGGUGUCAUUCUUGAGGUCGCGGACCAGUAUCUCGCCCAGUACGACCAUCUCUUCCCCUUGGACCUGGGCGCCAAGGGAUCGUGCCAUAUUGGAGGCAACGUCUCCACCAAUGCGGGUGGUCUGCGUUUACUGCGGUAUGGUAGUCUGCACGGGAGCGUGCUGGGUCUCGAGGCGGUCCUGCCGGACGGGACCAUUGUCGACGCGCUCUCGACCUUGCGCAAGAACAAUACGGGCUAUGACCUCAAGCAAUUGUUUAUUGGUGCCGAGGGUACGAUUGGCCUGAUUACUGCCGUGUCAAUUCAGUGUCCGCCGCGGCCCAAGGCUGUCAAUGUCGCCUACUUCGGACUGGAGAGCUUCGAGCAGGUCCAGCAGGCUUAUCUCCAGGCCAAGGGCCAGCUUUCCGAGAUUCUCUCGGCAUUCGAGCUUAUGGAUGGUCGCAGCCAGCGUCUGGUACACGAGUCCACCGGCAAUAAGUACCCUCUUGAGGGCGAGUACCCCUUCUACUGCCUGGUGGAGACCAGCGGAUCCAAUGCCGAGCACGACAUGGCCAAGCUGGAAUCGUUCCUCGAACAUGUGAUGGGCGAGGGCAUUGUCGCUGACGGCGUGCUCGCCCAGGAUGAGACCCAGUUCCAGUCCCUGUGGCGCUGGCGAGAAGGCAUCACCGAGUCCUUGAGCCAUCUGGGUGGCACCUACAAGUACGACGUGUCGAUCCCGCUGCCGGAGCUGUAUCAGCUGGUGGAGGACUGCAAGGAGCGAUUGACGCAGAAGGGAUUUGUCGGCGAUGACGACUCAUUCCCGGUGCGCGCCGUGGUGGGCUACGGUCAUAUGGGCGACUCCAAUCUGCACCUGAACGUCUCCGUGCGGCAGUACAACAAGGAGGUCGAGAAGGCGAUCGAACCGUGGGUAUACGAGUGGAUCCAAAAGCGGCAGGGCAGUAUCAGUGCGGAACACGGGCUGGGUAUUGCCAAGCGGGAGUUUAUCGGGUACAGCCAGAACGAGACGAUGGUGAAGCUGAUGAAGCAGCUAAAGGAUGUGUAUGAUCCGACUAGCGGCAACCAUUAG